CUGCGCUAACUGUCCUCCGCGAGCCCUGGGGAGUGAUGUAUAGAAAAAAAAUAUAGCAUUUAUAUCUUUUAUUCAAUUGAUCUUUCUUCAUCUAUCAACCUGUAAAGCUAUUCAUCAAUAUGUAUGGAACAGAACAUCCAGAAAAUAUUACCGGCAGUAAGCUCCAGCGUCGUACCAGUUGAGCCUCUUGUCCUUCACCACCAAGAUACACAUCCGGUAGGCGAUCUCCUGAAGGGGCGGUUCGCAAGUGGCCGGUGAGGUGGGUGCUGCGGAGGUCAAAAGUCCACGUCAACUCCAAGAAUGUUCUCUCAGGGAAGGUCAAAUUCCAAGGUAUUUUGGGGUGACAGAUUAAAGUCUCGGAAUCAACUGGGACUCCACACCGACAGUGAUUUGUUGGGUGUGGCGAAGUGAAGAUGACAGCGGUUGCAGUCGUGCUCCUGAUGCUGACGAUCGGCUUCACGCUUGGCCAGGAGUCACAGUCCAGUCAACCAGACUCGACACUGCCCCCUAUCGGCCCUCUGGAAGUAAGGACAAUUCUCCUACAAGAAGAUGGAGUCCCGACGGCCGCUAGCUUCGCUCGCCUCAACACGUCCUUUCCGGAGCUCUUCUCUUUCACUGUCUGCUACAGGAUAAACCUCCUACGCUUCCGCGAGGAGUCGACGCUCAUGUCGUACGCAGUCUCGGAUAAUAAGGAUAAUGAGCUAAGAAUGGAUCACCGAUUGACGGGAUAUAAAGUGUCGCUGCACAGUCGGUGGGCGAAAACCUUACUGGAAACACCAUUGAACCAAUGGGCACAUUUCUGCAUAUCUUUCCACCAUCCGACCGGCGGGUGGAAGAUCUACCUCGACGGAGAAAUGACGGACUCCGGGGCAUUUCCACUGACGGCGGAAUCACUUCUAGGAAACGGCGCGUAUAUCAUCGGUCAGGAGCAGGAUUCUUUCGGGGGAGGAUUUCAGCGAGACCAGAGCUUCAGCGGUGAGAUCACAGAGCUCAACUUUUGGUCACGUGUACUUGACGAGAGCACCAUCAGGAAGUUUGCUUCAUGCGCGGAGGAAGAGACGGGAGACGCCCUCGCCUGGGCCUCGCAGAUCUGGGACAUCUCCGGCAAGGUUAGGUGGGUGGUCAGGCGGAAGGACGACAUCUGCCGGCAACAGGAGAGGUUCUUUACCGUCUUCCCUGAUCGAUUCUCUCUCAGCGAAGCCUUACGUUUGUGUCAGGUGGUUGGUGGGAUCAUCGCCGUGCCGCAGACGGACGAGGAAAACGCGUGGUUAUACAACGAGUCAAAGAUUCACGACGCCUACUGUUCGCUCGGACAGUCUUCUUACUUAUGGCUGGGCGCGAAUGACGAGAAGCAAGAGAGGCAGUGGGUUUACUGGGGCACCGGGGAGCUCAUAUCUUGGGAGAGCAAGUGGCGAGGGGACGGCCCCAACGGAGGGACGGUGGAGAACUGCCUCGUUAUGCUCUCCGGUAACUUCCCCGGUCGCUGGUCGGACAUUGCCUGUCUGGACACCUACUCCUUCUGCGUCCCGUGCGAAUUUGAGACGAAGACGUCUAUAUAUCUGAAGGGCCCUGCCAUGUGCGAGGGAUCUCCGUUCAACCUGCAGUACAUGUUAGGGGACCACGUGGGAGGGCGACCGGCCCUAAUAGGAUUCCUUCACACUGACAUCAUUUGGGACCAAGAACGGGGGUCUUGGGUCAUGCGUUCUCUCAAGAACUCAGACGCCGUGGCCACGUGGACCCCGAUCCACGAGGGCAUGUAUCCCUUCGGCAAUCAGGAGUGGAUGCUGGAGACCGAGGUGUGCGGGAUCCCGGCCGGCGGGAGUGUCAACCUCACCCUCUCAGUGUGCGGCGCUGGGAUGUUCACGUGCAAGGACGGGACCUGCAUUAGCCUCAAGCAACGGUGCGAUCUGCGGGUGGACUGCGCGGAUCAGAGUGAUGAGUUUCAGUGCACGAUUGUGGACCUUCCUGAGGGUUACCACAUCAGCAUUCCGCCUCCAUCCUCAGAGGAGAACAAAACCUUGCCAAUCUAUUUCGCCAUCAACAUUAUCUCUUUUCCCACCAUCGUGACGCAAGAUCUCACCUUCGUCGCGUCCAUGCAACUUAAACUACGGUGGCAAGACACAAGGCUCAACUUUCUUAACUUGCACGAUGACCGAACGCUAAACCUACUUUCCGAAGAGGCAGUGGCAAGUGUCUGGACGCCCCGGGUUUUCUUCAAGAACGCUCGUGGCAAUAUUUUUACCAAUCUGCAACGAGGGUCGCGCGUCGAAAGCAUCCGGCAGGGUGAGGCCAUACCCGGUCCUCCGAGCAGGCCCGAGGAAGUGAACAUCUAUCCUGGUUAUGAAAGUAGUCUGGAGAUGAGUCAGUUAUACAGCGUAACUUAUUCCUGUGAUUUCGAGCUGCUCAUGUUCCCAUUUGAUGCUCAGCUGUGCCGUCUUCACUUCGAGUUGGUGUCGGCUUCCUCGUCGUAUAUGACCCUCAUCCCGUCAGAGGCCAACUACACGGGUCAAGAUGAUCUCAUUGAGUAUUCCAUUGGGAGAGUGUCUAUCAAAAUGGAUGAUGGAGGAGAGUUCUCAUCAGUAAGUGUGUAUGUGAGGUUCCAGCGUCGCUAUGUCUUCUACCUACUCACUCUCUAUAUACCGUCUACACUACUUAUAUUCAUUGCCUAUGCAACAUUCUUCUUCAAUCCCCAAGACUUCAAUUCCCGUAUUGUGGUGGCUCUCACAUCACUGCUAGUGCUGUCAUCUCUUUACACACAGACUUCCAACUCCCUGCCAAAGACAUCUUACUUCAAGCUAGUGGACAUAUGGCUUUUCUUCUCUAUAGUGAUGAUCUUUAUUGUAGUACUGCUUCAGACAUUAAUAGACUUCUCUGCUACAUUUACAAGAAAGAACUUCUUGAGAGUUUGCUGCACUGGAUCUUCUGAAAUGGAUAAAUCACAAGCAAAUAUAAGUCAAGAUAGUGCAAGACAUAAUAUUACCAAGGUUGUAGUAUCUAAUAACAUGAGCAGUGAAGAACAGCAACGCAGAGCAAUCACUAAUGGGUGGACGCAGGAUGAGUCGGCAUUGCCUCUGAGAUACAGAACUCCAAAUGUUUAUCCUGUCAACAUACCCCUCAUGAUCAAGAGCAGAUUCCUUAUACCAUUCAUAUUUUUCAUAUUCAACACGGCUUAUUGGGUUUCAGCAUUGACAUACCUGCAUAAUAUAGAAGACUAAAGAACUUCUAGGAAAAACAUGGAGCUCCAACUGCAGUAUACGACUACAGCAUAAAUAUAGUGAACUCACUUUGUAUGAAUUUAUUAAUUCUGCAAAUUAAUUUUCCUUAAGACACCCUAAGUAUACUAAAUAACUGAACUAAAGUAGUAAUUAGCCAGUAGAUAAAUUUACAUGCAAA